CUGGUGCACCGGCAGGGAGCAGUCCAGAAUCCCUGAUACCUAAAGUUGUAUCCACAAUGCAGAGCUGGGAACCUUUGUGUGCUCUCCUCCUCUUCCUCCUCUCUGUCCGGGCUGAUGUUGUGGGACAGUUUGAGGAUGAACCAGAAUGUAUGAAGUACUUCUACAAAGAGAAGGUGCCAGAGUUGGGGGCUUCUACUCCUGGGGCGGCCCGUCUGUGUCAUCGCUUUGUCAACAGGUACCACUUUGCCACACUCUAUGACACCAACCAUCGCAUUGGUGUCUACGCUGCCUAUCAGUUCCAGCCCAGCAAUGGAGGAGGCAGGGAGAAGAGGUGGUUUGUAGAGCCUCAGCUGGUUAACUCGUCCUGGCAAGCCGAGAUGAAGGAUGGCUACUGGCUGGGGAGGGACCACCCUGGGGUCUACCUGGGAGAGAGACAGGCUCUGAAUGAGGACUACACACACUCUGGCUUCGACCGAGGUCACCUUAACCCCAACGGACACCAUGCAGUCCCUGGACGCAACGCCACUUUCACCCUGACCAAUGUGGUUCCCCAGAACCCCAAGCUGAACCAGAACGCCUGGAGGAUCCACGAGUCCAAGCUCAACGACCUUUUCCGCAGCAAGUGCUCUAAGGCCUAUGUGCUGGUGGGUGCUGUUCCCUCAGCAGACAACUGGAUUGUGAAAAACAACAUAAAGCGUGUGAACAUCCCAGACUACCUGUGGAACGCCUACUGCUGUGUUGACAACAAUGGGAUGCCCCUGCAGAGCGGUGCUGCCACAGCGAGGAACACAGAGGAGAACUGGGUGGAGAAUCUCUCUCUGGAUGGGCUGGGAGAAUUCCUCCAGCAGUCCUCCAAUCAGCCAAUAGGGGAGCUGUUUUACAAUAAUUGCAGGGCAUGAAAGAAGGGAUGAUGAGAAGAGAACUAAAGGUGCCAUUUCCCAUUAAUCUCUACAAUAGAUUUGUAUUAUUGCCCAAUGCUGUUUUUGGUAUUGAUUUUAUUGUGGUAACAUGGUGUAUCUUAUCGUUUAACAGCAACACUAACACAUCCACAAUCAAUAAAUAAAAGU